AUGACGACCCAGUUUCCUUCACUAAUAGUGUUCGGAUCUCAAGCUGGGACUCUAUCAAAAGCUUCGCUGCUGCGAUUGCGAUCUCUGCUCCACGGUAGAAUCGAACAGAGAGGCAUCGUCGAGGCGAUGCAUGGCCUCCCUGCCGCCUGGGACGCCCUAGCCGCCUUUGAUCCACAGCUGGACGGUCUUGACGGCAAGAACCAGCUCGAGCAGCUGGUCAGCCUCCUUGGAGGACAUGGUGACGAUGAGCAGGGCCUCGUGCCAGCCUCGGGAACGAACACCAUGGCUAUGCCCAACAUAUUACUCGCGCCCUUGACCGUCUUGAUCCACAUGGUUGAGUACUUCACUUACUUGAGACAUGUAGGCACCUCACAUCGAAAGGUGCUUCAGUCAGUCGCCCAGAAUGGCGGCUUUCAGGGCUUGUGCACCGGCCUCUUGUCUGCUAUCGUCAUGUCCACCUCCGAGGACGAAGUGCAGGCUAUUGAGGUGGCUGCCCGCGCAUUAAACCUGGCGCUGGCAAUCGGGGCUUACGUUGACCUGGACGCUCGGUCGGUCAGCCCGCCAGGGGAGUUCUCGUGCUUUGUCGUGCGUUGGAAGCAGCAAAGCGAUAGGGAACAAGUUCUGGGAAUAUUGGAACAGUUUCCCCAGGUUUGUCUUUCCUCCCCGCACAAUGUGCAGACCAGAGGAGGAUAUCAGCUCAACCUCACACAGGCCUAUAUUUCUGUCACCUUGGAUGAUAGCAUCGUCACCGUCACUGCAGAUCGGCAGUCUUCCAGAGACAUCAUGAAUAGUCUCCACUCAAUUGGAGCGGUCACAAAGCCCAUCCCACUCAACGGCCGCUUCCACACACGAGGAAACAAGGAAAGAUGCGCAAAAGUGGUAUCACUCGGGCAGUCAGAUGCACGGUUUCGUCUUCCGGGCUCAGCCUCGCUGCACACACAAGUGUUCGGUGGGGAUGGCGAGCCCAUCGACUCGAACGAGCUGCAAGAGACUGCGCUCAGAUCUAUCUUGGUCGACCAAGCGGCAUGGCACAAGGCUCUGGCGAAAGCACUAUAUCGGGUGUCGUCCACGCCGUCCGCAAAGCCCCUGGUCAUUUCACUAGGCCCCGUUGAUUGCAUACCACACUCCCUGGUCAACAAGUACAGCCUCGACAUAGCCACCUCGGCAUCCUUCGGGGGCCUGAGUGCCGAGGCCUCAUAUCACACAUAUGCGGACGACUCCAUAGCCAUCGUCGGGAUGGCCUGCCGCCUCCCCGGCGCCGACAACCUCGAAGAGUUCUGGCAGCUCCUCCUCUCCGGCUCGUCGAUGCUUCGUAGGCUCCCGGGCGAACGCUUCGCCACGACGGGCCUCCGGCGCUCUCCCAAGGAAGACACGCCGUUCCUCGGGAACUUUGUGCGCGACGCCUUCGCCUUCGACCACAAGUUCUUCAACAAAUCGUCCCGCGAGGCCAGGUCCAUGGACCCGCAGCACAAGCUCAUCCUCCAGGUAGCAUACGAGGCCCUUGAGUCGGCCGGGUAUUUCAGCCGCGGCGGGCAGCCCAGGGACGUCGGGUGCUACAUUGGCGUGGCGGCGUCCGACUACGAGGAUAAUGUGGCCUCGCACGCCCCGACAGCCUUCUCGGUCACCGGGGCCGUGAGGGCAUUUGUCAGUGGCAAGAUCAGUCAUUUCUUUGGCCUGAACGGCCCAUCGCUCGUCUUCGAUACGGCCUGCUCUUCCUCGGCCGUUGCCAUCCACACCGCCUGCCAGGCCAUCCGGUCGGGGGACUGCUCCAUGGCAUUGGCCGGGGGUGUCAACGUCAUCACCAGCCCGACCCUUCACCAGAACUUGGCUGCGGCGAAUUUCCUCAGCCCCACGGGCGAGUCCAAGUCCUUUGAUGCCCGCGCGGACGGCUACUGCCGAGGAGAGGGCGCCGGGGUGCUAAUGCUCAAGAGAUACUCGGCAGCCGUGGCCGACGGCGACAACAUCUUCGGCGUCAUCGCCGGCUCCGCUGUAAACCAGAACGCAAACACUGCUCCCAUCACCGUGCCCGUGUCUUCCUCACAGACAAGCCUCUACAUGAGAGUACUCCAGCGGGCGCAUAUGGAUCCAAAGAGCGUGUCAUAUGUCGAGGCGCACGGGACAGGCACACCAAAAGGCGAUCCAAUCGAGUGUGCCAGCAUCCGCGAGGUAUUCGGAAACCAGCCGUCCCGCAAACUGUAUUUCAGCUCCGUCAAGGGCAGCAUCGGGCACCUCGAGGGCGCGUCGGGGGUGGCAGGCAUCAUCAGGGUGCUCCUGAUGAUGCAGCACCGGACCAUCACGCCGCAGGCGAGCUUCAGGACGCUGAACCCGAGUAUCCCACCGCUUCUCCCGUCCAACAUGGAGAUCCCCGAGGCCCCAAGGCCGUGGGAAACCGACUUCAUGGCGGGCAUCGUCAACAAUUACGGCGCUGCUGGCAGCAACGCGGCACUGCUAAUCUGCCAACCUCCGCCCACGCAGCCGGGGUCUGACCUGACCAGCGCGAGGGCCCCCGACAGUUACCCCAUCAUGAUCCAUGCCAAGUCUAUUGCAAGCCUGUCUGCCAACUGUAACGCGCUUCUUGCAUACCUGGAUCACCAGGCUGAGAGCCAUUUCCCACCACCGCUGGCAAGUAUUGCUUACUGGGCUUCCAUGCGACAGAACCCCGAGCUUCCAUUCUCAUGGAAGGCACGGAUCAGGUCUCUUGAGGGCCUUCGAGAUGAACUCAAGAGAGAAAUCGAGGCCCUGGCAAAGACAAAGGAGGUCCAGUCACCAGCCAAAGGGCCUGGCGCAAGCGAGAAGCUACCCGUUGUCCUUGUCUUCUCAGGCCAGACCGGUAGGCUGGUGAAGAUGUCGAGGGAGGCAUAUGACAGCUCCGUCCUGCUGAAGAGACACAUGGACAGCUGCGAUGCCAUUGUCCGGUCCCUAGGAUACCCCGGGAUUUUCCCGGCCGUGUUCACCCAAGAACCUAUCGCCGACAUCGUGACGCUUCACUGCGCCAUCUUCACCGUCCAGUACGCCUGCGCGCAAUCAUGGAUCCACGCAGGCUUGCAGGUGCAGGCCGUGAUUGGGCAUAGCUUCGGCCAGCUGACUGCCCUCUGUGUUGCGGGCGCCAUGUCCCUCGAAGACGGCAUCAGGCUGGUAGCGGGCCGCGCAGCACUGGUGCAAAGUGCUUGGGGCAAUGAAAGGGGUGCCAUGGUGUCCAUUGAUGUGGACUCGGCCCGGGCGCAGCAGCUUGUGAUGGCGGCCCGAGAGAGGGACAUCGAUGUUGAGGUUGCCUGCUAUAACGCGCCCAAGAGGCAGGUAAUCGUGGGCUCCGAGGCUGCGGUUGCAUCUUUUGAGACCUUCGUGUCGCAGAACCAGCAGGGCGGGCUAGCGUCGCCUGCGUUGAAACGGCUGGAAGUCACGCAUGGCUUUCACUCCAAGUUCGUCAACAACAUCUUGCCAGGCUACCGGGAUCUGAUCAAGCCCAUCCGACUCCGACAACCAGACAUCCCCGUCGAGACAUGUUCCCCCGGCAGGGCUUGGGAACAAGUCACCGCAGAGCUAGUGGCGGCACAAUCCCGAGAGCCCGUGUAUUUCGGCGAAGCAGUGAGUCGCCUCCAAGCUAGGCAUGGGCCUUGUUUGUGGCUCGAAGCCGGCUCCGGAUCUGCCGCUAUACCUCUGGUUCGGCAGGCUCUUGAGCUUCGGAUUUCAGAACCUUCACCUCACUCGUUCCACCCAGUAGAUCUCGGCGGCAAACAGCCUAUGGACGCCCUGGCCGGUGUCACCCUGGGCCUCUGGAGCAAGGGAUUCCGGAUUCAAUUCUGGCCAUUCCACCAUGUCCAGAGAAAGAUGUACGCCGUGUUACACUUACCUCCGUACCAAUUCGAGAAGCACCAUCACUCGCUCGAGUAUAUCGACAAGCAUGUUGCUGAGACUGAGGUCAUGUUGCAGCCUAUGGCUAUGGAGAAGCGGGCAGGGAUGGUCUCUCUGGUUGAGAAGAUUGACGCACAUACGUCCGUAUUCCGGAUUGAACAGACAAACCACGUAUUUAUCAAUUUAAUCAAUGGGCACCGUGUCCUUGGCAACCCGCUCUGCCCGCUGUCUCUUUACAUCGAGCUGGCCACGCGAGCAGCAGCGCUCCUCACCCCGGGAUUCAAGCGAGAGGAGCACGUGCCCGAGGUCUGCGACCUCGAGAUAUUCGCGCCCCUUGGAAGGAACACCAGCUGGGAAGUCCAAAUCACCCUCGAAGAGAGCCAGCAGGGCGGGGAAAAUCAAUCGUGGGACGUCACCUUUAGCAGCUUCCCGCACUCGCAACCCAAGAAGAAAGUGCGGCACGCAUCAGCGUCCAUUUCUAUGCUCCCGUCAAAGAACCGCAAGAUGGCGGCAUCCUUUGAGCGGACCCAGCGGCUAAUCGACACCAAGAAAUGCGAGGAUAUGUUCGCUUCGGACGCCUCGGCAGGUAUCAAGGGCGCUCUGGUAUACAAGAUGUUUGACAAGGUCGUCAACUACUCCGCCAUCUACCGCGGCGUGCAGAAGAUAUCGUCCCAAGAUCGCGAGGUCGCAGGGUAUAUAUUCCUGCCGCCUCCGACGCCGGCAACAUCAUCACCGUCACAGAGGCAAGACGUGUCAAUUUGCAACCCGCUGGCCAUUGACAACUUCACGCAGGUCGCCGGGCUACACGUCAAUGGGCUCGACGACUGUGGGAAUGACGAGGUCUAUAUCUGCUCCAAGAUUGAACAGCUCCAGAUAAACCAGGGUCUGGCGCUGGAGGACACCGCAGCUGGUCGUGGCCCAUGGCUGGUAUACUCGAAUUUCGUUCGCAGUGGGGGAGACCGCGACCUGCUCAAUGAUCUUUAUAUCCUAGAUGAGAGGAGCGGUGCCCUAGUUAUGACGAUGCUCGGAGUCAGGUUUACGAAGAUAAAUGUUCACUCGCUUCAAAGGGUUCUGGCGCGAGCCAAUAUGCCUUCCACAAAAGCAACAGCCAAGGCCUGGAGCCAUAGCUCUGGUUUACUUACGCCUCAGAAGCAACAUGCUGCGAAGGAGCAUGGAGAGACACUAGCGGUGAGGUCGGAAACCCCGAGGACUGAAAAGCUACGUGCCCGCAUGGUAGAUGAGGUCGGUGUGAUCAGCGCUGCCGUGCGCCACCUGCUCAACGAGGUGGUGGACGUGCCCCUUGACGCGAUCCGCAACGAGUCUCUUCUCAGCGAAUUGGGAAUAGACUCCCUUAUGUCGACAGAGGUGUUAAAUGCCAUUAAUGAUCAGUUCUCCGUGCACAUCUCGGCUGACCUGCUGAGAGGUGACUUCGGGUCGCUCUGCGCGGCAAUUUCGGCCUCGUCUGACACAUCUAGCAUCAGCCACAGCAGCGAGUGCAACGCAGCCUCCAGCUGCGAACAUGACUCGGGUUGGACGACUUCACUUUUUGACAGCACCGCCUAUGCCACCCCUGUGGUCAGGGCUGACCCGGAGGCGACGUCCAAACUUGAGGCGCUGGUGGCCGAGCACCUCGAUAUAACUGGUGGCAUUGCGCGGGACGUCCUCCUUAAAGAGGUCGGCGUCGACUUGCUCCUGGGAACGGAGCUUGGCUCUGCCAUCGAGCAUGAAUUUGGCAUCAAGAUCGACAUGGGGAGCCUCCCUCCUGUAGUUCGAUAUGGUGAUCUAGUUGAUGUUAUUAUUUCGCAUAGAACCAGGGAAUUCAAAGAACCACCACCCCCAUCUAUCACGACUGUCCAGGAGGCGGUGAUAGGAAUAGGCCACAGUAGCGCCGUCCCUAAUCAUCUCGGGACGACAAGCGAAGAUGAAUGGAAGCCGGUGGAGCAUGCAGACGAGGACUUCACCGCCAUCAGAGAUGGCUAUCAGCACUUUGCCCAAGAGGCCGGCUAUGCUGGCUUCCGGACGCGUGUGUACCCGAAGCAGAGAAAGCUGGUCGCCGCAUACGUGCUGCAGGCAUUUUCCGCUCUGGGCUGCAAUGUGGCCAGCCUCAAGCCGGGCGAGGCCCUCCCAGCGAUCGCCCACAUCCCAAAACACGCAAAGGUAAUGGACCAGUACUACAUGAUCCUGUGCGACGAGUCAUUGCUGCGUUUUCAAGAAGGAAAGUACGUCAGGACAGACGUCCCCAUCGAGGAGGUCGAUACGGCACGACUGCAUGAGGAUCUCAGCGCCGAGUUCCCCCAGCACGCGGGUGAGCUCAAGCUGCUCGGGGCAACGGGCACGCGGCUCGCCGAUGUCCUCUCAGGGAAGACGGACCCCCUCCAGAUUCUCUUCGGAAGCAAGGCCGAUCGUGACCUGCUCGAGGAUGUAUAUCUGAACUCUCCCAUGUGGCUGACGGGGACCAAGGUGCUGACCGGCUACCUCAUGACGGCCCUCUUGCCUGGUCGCCGCGGUCCAGGCGCAGGCAAGCUGAGGAUCCUCGAGCUGGGCGCAGGCACGGGUGGUACAACGCGCCACCUGCUUCAGACGCUGUCAGGCAUGGGCGUCGAUUUCACGUACACGUUUACGGACCUGUCAUCGUCACUCGUGGCGGCGGCAAAGCGCAAGUUCGCACAAUACGGCGGCACGAUGGAAUACACGGUGCUCGACGUAGAGAAGGCGCCCCCGCAGGAGCACGUAGGCAGGUACGACAUUGUCGUGUCCUCGAACUGCAUCCACGCAACCAAGGACCUAUUCUUGUCCAGCACCAACCUGCGCAAGCUGCUCAGGGACAAUGGCGUGCUCUGCCUGCUCGAGCUGACCCGCAACAUCUACUGGCUGGACUGCGUCUUUGGCCUGCUUGAAGGGUGGUGGCUGUUUGAGGACGGCCGCAGGCAUGUGCUUGCCAGCGAGACACUCUGGAGGGACACAUUGCUGAGGGCUGGCUUCAGGCAUGUCAAAUGGAGCGAUGACGCCAGCGAGGAGUCGGAUCAGUACCGCCUCAUAGCUAGCUUUGUUACUGCGCCAACCUCGAGGCUAGAGGCGGUCCGGCCCGGGCGCCUGGAAACCAGAGACACGGUGAAAUAUGCCAAUGUUGACGGCAUCUCACUCCAGGCUGACCUAUACUAUCCGCAGCAGAGCGAUGCUGGCAAGCCUAACAGGCCAGUUGCGCUCAUGAUCCACGGCGGCGGCCAUAUCAUGCUAUCACGCAGGGACAUCCGGCCGCGGCAGACACAGCUGUUGCUGCAAAAGGGCUUCCUCCCAGUCAGCAUCGACUACCGCCUGUGUCCCGAAACGACGCUGACCGAGGGCCCCAUGACAGACGUCUGCACCGCACUGCACUGGGCGCGGACGCAGCUCCCGGCCCUGUCGGCCUCGCUGUCCCGGCCGGACGUGCGCGCAGACGGGAGCCGUGUGGUCGUCGUCGGCUGGUCCACGGGCGGUACACUGGCCAUGAGCCUCUCGUGGACGGCGCCCUCGCGCGGGAUCCGGCCGCCCGACGCCAUCCUGGCCUUCUACUGCCCGUCCGACUACGAGUCGGACUUUUGGCGGCGGGCCAACUUCCCCGAAAACACCAGAGGGGCGGCAGAGCAGGCCCAGGCGCAGGGCGGCUACGACCUGCUCGAGGGCGUGCGCGCCGGCGGUCCUAUCACAGCCUAUAACGUGACGCCACCACGCGACGGCGGGCGGGGGGCUGUUGGGGGCUGGAUGUCGCUGUCGGACCCGAGGUCGCGCAUCGCGCUGCACAUGAACUGGCGGGGGCAGACGCUUCCAACGCUGCUGGACGGGCUGCCGAGCCGGGCCGCUGCCGAUGCCAACGUGGACUGGGAGAACCGGCCACAGCCCGAUGCGGCGCGUGUCGCUGCGGUGAGCGCGCUCGCACGGGUCCGGGCGGGCGACUACAGUGUGCCGACAUUCCUGAUCCACGGCACCGCUGAUGACCUCGUUCCGGUCGAGCACACGCAGAGGAUCAGGGACAUGCUUAUGGAGAAGGGGGUCCCGAGCGGGCUGGCUGUGGUGGAUGGCGCGGUGCAUUUGUUUGACUUGUACCCGGACACCGAGGGCAAGUACUGGGCGGCGGUGCAGGAGGGAUACGAGUUCCUUGUGAGGCAGUUGGGUAUGUAG